AUGAAUACUAUCGUGUGUUCAAUUUCGUUGUUAUCAGUAACGACACUGAUUCUUAUUGAUGCCGAUUGUGCUGGUUAUCCUAAUGAAAACAACGCGGAUUUUCAUAGGAACGAACAAUGUUCCGAUAUAGUAGAGAUUACUUGCAGCGACGGAUAUAAAAUGGAAGCGGCGAUAGAAUGUAAAAGUGAAAUACAAUUUUUGUGGAAAUACAAAAGACCAGUUUGCAAACUAGACCCGAAAAUAGAAAAUGGCGCCUUAGACACUGAUAUAGCAUCAAGAGAUAUUGGAAUUGAAUAUAGUUAUACAUGUAACCCUGGAUUUGGUAAAUAUGGAAAUGAAGGUCAUGUGAUAUGUAAUGAAGCUGGUGAAUGGGAGGCAGAUAUAACUUGUGAAGGUCAAUGUAUGUCAGACCCGGAAAUAGAAAAUGGCGCCUUAGACACUGAUAUAGCAUCAAGAGAUAUUGGAAUUGAAUAUAGUUAUACUUGUAACCCUGGAUUUGGUAAAUAUGGAAAUGAUGGUCUUGUGAUAUGUACUGAAGCUCGUGAAUGGGAGGCAAAUAUAACCUGUGAAGAUUGUUUCAAAUAUUAUACAGAGAAUACUUACUUAACGAAAUCACCCUAUGCAACUCCAUCUGGACGACUAAAUCAAGUUUCAUGUCAGCAAUCAUGUACUAAUGAUGAUCGGUGUACAGCCUCGUUUGUAUCAUUUCAAAGUUGUGAACUACAUGGAAUACCAGCUAUUUCAAUAUCACAUGAAAGCCGUGCCGAAUGUAGAACAAAAUGUGUGGCGCUGGCUGAUUGUAAACUGAUGAGUUGGAAUUCUGGAAGUUUUCCUAUUUGUACCCUAUUUAACGUAACAAAGAACAAUUUACCAAGUAAACAUCAGACUUUUUCCAGAAACGGUGCUUUUAUUGGUGAAAAUUUAUGUAAAUAG